CGCAGCACAACAACAUCGCUACUUGAUGCGCGCGCACGCAUGUCCAACAGCGCGAACGCGAAAACACUCCGGACCGCAAGAUAUGUGACUUCGGAAUUUAAAUUUUGACAGUUUUUAUUUCAAACACAAUGCGGUUUAUAGUGUUGUGUUUCAGUGUUUGUGUAUUGAUAGUAGUGGGACAGGACAUCGAUGCGAUGCGGAAUAUGCCCAAAUAUGACUCGAGAUACGAUUACCUAGAUGUAGACGCAUUAUUUAAUAGUAAAAGGCUAGUGAGGAACUAUGUGGAUUGUUUGAUUAACAGUCGCAGGUGCACACCUGAAGGAAAAGCCCUGAAAAGGCUCUUGCCAGAAGCCUUAAGGACAAAGUGCAUACGAUGCACGGAAAGUCAGAAAAGGACAGCAGUCAAGAUAAUCAAGCGACUGAAAAAUGAGUAUCCUGACGAAUGGGCGAAGCUGUCUUCAAGAUGGGAUCCAACGGGAGACUUCACGCGAUACUUCGAAGUGUUCCUGGCUAAUGAGCAGUUUAAUACCAUAUCUGGCAAUGGUAACGAAGUACCGAUGUCACCGCUGCCAACUUUACGACCAGUACCUACGACACCUGCUCCGACGUCUGAUACCCCAGCAUCUAGUGCCACUCCACCGCGACCUCUUCUUCUUAAUAGGUUUGGAGGCGAAGAUGAGGUAAUGGUCGGCAGUCCCUCGUCGGCGGUCACGACUCCCCGACCGACCCCAAUUCUCACAACUAGACCAAGCACUAUGAGGCCAACUGUGCCGCCGAGACCAACACCAAUAGCAUGGGCGAACGUCGGUACAGGCACAAUGCCAACACGCUUUACGAUGCGUCCUACAAAAGAUAAUCUACCAUUGCCAUAUUCAACCGCCAUGACACUUAUCGACCAGAUCGGCAUCAAGAUCAUAAGAACAACAGAACUCGUAACUGACAUACUGAGAAAUACUGUUCGGGCUGUCGUCGGACGAUAACACUCAUACAUUAUAAAGUGAUUUUAUUUGUAAAAAAAGUGCUAAAGCAUUGUAGUCAUUCGGCCUAAAAAGAUACCUAUUUUUUAUAAAAAAAAAACAAUGUUUUGUUAUUUACUUUC